UAGCAAAAUUUAGACUUAUAGCUAGGGAAUUACGACGGAUCUACCAUGUUUUUUAUAUGUUUUUGAUAGUUAUUUUAUUUAUUUAACAUGUGGAAUAUUAGUGAGGAUUUACCGAGGGAUCAGCUAUGGAUCUCGCAAGUAUUUAUCGAUGCACCACUAUCCCUCGCUAAUCAGUCGAAAAAUGAAGGGCCUUAGCUAGGGUUCAACGACGGAUAAAAAAUUGUGCCAUCUGGUACGCGUUUAGCGAGAGAACAUCGACGGAAACUAUAUUGUGGGUACGCGCGUUUUAUUUUUUCACGAAAUGCAUUGAAAUUUCUGGUACGCGUUUCCUUCCCUCCAGCAUACUUUGAAGUUCACGAAAUGUGUUUUGUUUUUUCUAUCACUCUAGACUCUGGACAUGAAUUUUGAACAGAUGACGGCAUAGAAGUUCCCUUCAAUCUGUUAACCCACUUCCAUCUCACAAUCUCUGUUUGAACAGAUGACGAUGACGGCACUACUCACCCGAUUCCGGCAACCUCCACAUUUUUAAGCUGAAAGUAUUCUUCGUUAACUUUCGGAUUCAGAUGACUUACAACGCUUGCAAACUACUAUUGUUGAAACCAUUUGCAAGUUGGAAAAAAUAUUUCCACCUAGAUUCUUUGAUUCAAUGGAGCAUCUUGUUAUCCACUUAGCUCAAGAAGCUAUGCUUGGUGGUCCGGUUCAAUAUAGGUGGAUGUAUCUUUAUGAAAGGAAGUUGGGAUCAAUGAAAAGAAAGAUAAAAAACCAUGCGAAGGUUGAGGGGUCCAUUGUUGAGGCUUACAUGAUUGGAGAAAUAUCGACUUUUUGCUCACAAUACUUUUUGCCUACAAUUGAAACCCGGUUGAAUCGUGAGUCGCGUAAUUUUGCCCCAGACAUUCCUAGUUAUACCAUGGUCAAUCUCGAUUAAGCAUUUUCAAAGUUCCAUCUCGAAGAUUAUUCGAAAAAAGUGGACAACGGAGGCCUUUGACAGAUGAUGAGAUGCGUAUUGCUCAUAAUUACAUCUUGAUCAAUUGUGUUGAGGUUCUACCUUUUUUAAGGUUGUUUGAAAAUUAUGUGAUCCAAAGCCAACCUGAUAUGGAUGAUGGAGCAUUUGAAAGGUUUAGGGAUAAACAUUUUGCUAAGUGGUUUAAAGAUCAUGUUUUUCAACAAUCAAAUGAUAUCAGUCAACAUCUGAAAUGCCUUGCACGAGGACCAUUACGACAUGUUAGGUCCUAUAAAGGAUACUUUGUCAAUGGUUACAAGUUUCAUACUGAAAAAUAUGGUGAUGGACGGGUCACACACAAUAGUGGUGUAUGUGUAAGAGGGACUUGUUACAAUGAGACUGAGUGUGACUAUUAUGGGUUGUUGGAUGAGGUCUUAGAAGUAGAAUAUCAAGGCAUAGGGCGUUGCAUCGUAGUAUUGUUCAAGUGUAUAUGGUUUAACCCUACUAAAGGGGUACGUGUGGAUCGAAAGCAUAAUUUGGUUGAUAUUAAAUACAAAUCAAGGCUAAGAAAUGAAGAUCCGUUUAUCCUAGCGUCACAAGCAGAACAAGUGUAUUAUGCACCAUAUCCCGCAAUGAAGGAUUUGAAAGAUUGGUGGGCUGUCGUCAAGACAAAACCAAGGGGUGUAUAUGAUCUACGACAAUGUGUUAUUGAAGAAGAUGAUGAUGAGGAUGUAGAGGACCAAUUCUUUCAAGAAAGUGAAGCAAUUUUACCUUCUACAAGUAGUGGUGCAAAUGAGGUGGCAGGACCCCUUUCUCAUGUAAUUGAAGGAGAAAUAGAAGAAGUUAAUGACAAUGACAUUGAGAGAGAAGAGGAUGAAGAAGUUGAUGAUAACUUGGAUGAUUCAUCCCAAGAUGAUAUUGAAGAUGAAGACAACAUAUGUGAUGAAAAUUCUGAUGAUGAGUAA